AUGCCAGAGGCUUUACUACGUGACGUCAAAUUCAACCACACUGUUUUACAAAUGACUUCGCCGAUAGCUUUCUUUGCUGUCGUCGAAGCAGAGCUUGGAAUAAAACGCCUAAAUCCCGUCGCUAUUCAAAUGGACUCCACACCAGACUCCAAAGUCCACACUCCAAUAGACGGGAAGGACUGGUUCCUAGCCAAGUCAUUCGUACAAAGAGCAGAUUUCAAUUCUCUACACCUAAUAAGAAAGCGACUCAAAGUUCAUCUAUACUUGGAUGCUCCCUGCACUUUGGUAGAGAAAUACUUCUCGGAGUAUUAUGAAGAUGACGAAGAGGUCGUAGCCGAUAACGAGUUGCAAGAGUUAGUUAAUGAACUGUCAGCUGAUGGUAAACAGGGAGACUUUGGGGGACUGGGCAUGGUGAAGAAAUUCCCAGCCACCAUAGAAACGAAAGCCUCUUUAAGCAAGGUGCUGACCACUCUACUGUGGGCGUUCACUGGUCAGCACGCUGCCACUACUUACCCUAUCUUGGAAUAUGGAGGCUUUGUACCUAAUGCACCACACAGGCUGUUUGCUGACAGUAAUGGCACUGCCACCUUCUCUAAUUUGAUGUUCGGAAACAAGGCUGUAGCACUGGAAAUAGCGGAACUUAGUUCUAACCUGGCAGGAAUUCAUCUGGAUCAGUUACUCGACUACUCAUCUAAAAUCGAGGGCAAGAAAGCAAAAGAAUUAAUAGAAAGGUUUCACGACGAGCUGAAGACAGUAACCGAACAGAUGAUGAAAGAAAAUGAAAAACGAGUGGACGAGGGAUUUUUGCCAUAUCCUUACCUCUUACCCGAAUACGUCACUAACAGUGCUAGCACGUGAUAUGCCUUAUGACCAAAUUAGGAGCGCUAUUGAAGAAAAGAGGACAACGAUAAAACUGGAACAUUGUACUUGGUUGAUAAAUUAAGGACCAGCACAUUGGAUCCGAGGCCAAUGAAUGCAUACCUGAAGCGGAGGACAGCUUUUUUUUCGUUUGCUUUAUAUAGGGCCACUUUGAAAAACUCCGUUUUCAAAUUAUUUUCCAGGGACAAAAAUAUAAGAAACAACAAACUGUUAUUCUAAGAAGUGCAAAACCAUGUUCGUUUAGAUUUUUUAUUUCUUUUUGUUUCGCGGAGCAGCCCAUGAAGCUGGUAAACCCGUAACAGCUAUUCCACCGUAACCGAUUAACUACAUUAAAGUGAUCUUAGGGUCUUAACUAUGACAUAAAGGGAUAUAUAUUUAUGCGGUGAAAGGAUUUUUGCAGGGACAACAGAGUUGUUUGGAAUUCGAAAAAAGAUCUUUCUUUAUACUUG